AUGUACUUUUGUGAGCAAUUGUACAACAUUAAUUUGGUGUAUAUGAAACGUGUUGGCUCUCUGGGUGACCCAAAGCGCGCGCUCUUUAUGCUCGCUAUGCCAACUUUUUGCUGUUUCGCUACCAUCUAUAGAAUUUACCAAAUUUGGCAUAAUUUCGAUGAAGUGGUAGCGAACUUUUUUAAAGUUUCGGGUAUGAUUACAAUAACAAUACGCACCUUUAUGGUGUUAUCUAAACAAAAGAAGUUCUUGGACUUUUUCAACGAUAUCGACAAUUGGUACCACAGAUUACGGUCGGAAAAUGACGAAGUGACAAUGAAAAACUUGGAAGAAUACACGCGAAAAACGCGACGUGCAUCGAAAACUAUAUUCGGCAUCAUGAUAGUCUGUAUAUUCUAUAUUUCCGCCAUACAACUGCUGACCAGCAUUAGUAGUACGAAUAAAAAAUACAUAAUUGAAGUGCGAUUGCCAUUUGUCGACCUGUACACAAGUCCAUACUACGAGAUAAUUUCCGUCUUGCAAGCCCUUUGGCUUGCUCCGAUCGUCCUAUUGUCAUAUGUUUCCUAUUUGUGUGUGAUUUUAAUAUCUAUAUCAUUUGGUAUUUUCCUUAUGAAGGAUCUGCAGCAGAAAUUGGGUAAUAUGCACGAAUUGAAUGAGCUGGAAGGUUUAGAAUGUAUAAAAAAAUGCAUACAACAGCAUGUAUUGAUCAUCAAAUUUCACAGGGAUUUGGAAGUAUUAUUUUCUGCUGGAAAUUUUGUAGAUGUCAGCAUUUUUUGUAUAAUACCUUGCGUCAUAAUCGUUUAUGCAAAUAUGGAAUAUAAUUUAGCAUUUAUGAUUACAGAUGUUCAACUGGUUUUUGUUGUAAUUUUCUCAACAUAUAUUAUCUUUUGGUUAGCCAAUAGCUUUUACAUUGAGGGGCUAAAUAUAGCUCACGCCGCUUAUAAUUGCAAUUGGGUAGAUCGGGGCAAGGACUUUCGCAAGUAUAUUGUUGUGAUAAUGACUGUUGGUCAAAAGCCACUGGAGCUCACCGCUGGCGGCCUAAAACCCGUGAAUAUGCAAUUCUUUCUGGCUAUCGUGCGCGUUUCAUAUUCAAUCUUUACCGUCCUACAGGGAACUAAGAAAGAUUAUUGA